UCCAUGAUGCAAGAACUCUCUGAUGAGAGUCGCGCCUGCUUCCACCUGAUGUUUACCUCCAACUUUUCCUCCCGACCACAGCGAUCUGUUACAAAGCUGCACAACGAGGCUUUGUGCUGUUUGCUCACAUUUUGCGAUUUGUCGACGCUUACAAGCGGUCCGAACGAAACCACGCAGAGCUGCUACGAGUAUUCGACAGUUCGGCACCAGCUAGCUCCUCUGCCUGGACGAGGAAGAACUCCGGUCGCGCUUCGAUGUCCAUCACAUACGGCUGAAGUACUACAAACGAACAGCACAAAGCGCUUCAGCGGGCCAUUGGCUCUUCGUCAUCAUGUCGGACCAUUCAGACGACAUUGACUUCAUCACCAAUCCCAAUCAAACGGCCGGUGCAGGAGGCAGUGGAGCCGAAGCAGGAGGAAGUGGAGGAGACCUGGACGAUGCGGCCGAGAUUGCAGCGAUGCAGGCAAGGGUCAAGGAGAUGGAAGCCGAAGCUUCCAGGCUCCGGGAUCUUCAGAGCGAUCCGAAUUACCGCCCUGACCGAAACCUGGUCAAUGACCCGAUAGGUGUAGGAGCACUCGAUGAGGAGAAGGAGGAGAUCGACGCGAGAAGCGUCUUCGUCGGAAAUGUGGACUAUGGCGCAUCACCAGAGGAGAUCCAGCAGCACUUUGCAGCGUGCGGCACCAUCAACCGAGUGACCAUCCUCUGCGACAAAUUCACUGGACAUCCAAAAGGAUUCGCUUACGUGGAGUUUUCUGAGCCGAGCUUGGUGGCGAAUGCAAUGGUCAUGAACGAGAGCCUGUUCAGGGGCAGAUUGCUAAAGGUCACGGCAAAGCGAACUAAUGUGCCAGGGAUGACUGCUAGGGGUCGCGGACGGGGCAGGGGACGUGCGCGUGGAAGACCUUUUAGGGCGCGAGGCCGUGGGAGAGGAUAUUACUGAGCUCGAGGCGGACUCAACUCGGAUCGAGCGUAGGGCUCUCAUAUCGGUGCAUGAUUCAGCAAGCGUGUGAUGAGCAGAGCUCAAGGUGGCUAUCGUCAGGAGACGAUCGCAAGGAGUCCAUCAAGUCAGCGGAGGAUCAACGUGUCUCUCUGUGUCAGCAAGAACAGAGAGACGAUCUUGGUUCGGGACCCUAGAUGAUGACAGCAAACAGAAAUAUCAAGACAGCGACUGCCUUUGUACUCCUCUUGACCUCUUCUUUACAUCGCAUUAAUCCUAGCAAGAGUCUCUGGCGACCUGGCAAGC